AUGUCUCGACUUACCUACCCUCUUGUCUCCCGAAAUGGGCCCAAAAUGCAUUUCACUCCACGCGGCACACAUUCGUCUGAUUCAGAUGAACCCCAGAGACUGGAUGCUGUACUGUCGUUGCUAUUUCCCUCGACCGUCCGUGUGCAACGCUCGCGGAAUAUUCUCGGCCACGUCCAUUCCCUGCGCCUUCUAACUCUCUCAAAUGGGGUCCGCUUGCUUCUCAAAGGAUCUCCUUUCCCUGGCACUCCUCUUUUGCGACAGGAAAGGUACUUUCUCGAGACUGAAGCGCGCUUUCUGGCUCUUCUUGGACAAAGUGCGAAUCCAUGCAUCCCACAGCUGUAUCAUUUUGAUCCUCUCGGAAGGCUUCUGGGUUCUGCCUACUUGAUACGACAAUAUGUGAAAGGAACGAGUUUGUUGGAGAUGGAAAACCAACUUACCACUCGACAACGAAAUGACAUUGACCGCCACCUGGGCUUUCUAGCCAGCACGAUUGGACAAAAUGUGGCCCCUGGAUUUGGCUCAUUGCAACAAGUCGCCGCCGGAGCUGGGAAACGUUCCUGGCGCGAGUCUUUCUGUGGUCUUUUCGAGAGCGUGCUGCGCGAUGCAGAGGACAUGUUCAUCCAUCUUCCGUACGCUGAGAUCCGCCACGAACUCGGUCGCCUGGCAUCAGCCCUCGAGGAAGUAACUUUACCGCGUCUGGUGGUUGCAAGCUUCGGUCGGUCCUCGCAUGUCUUGCUGGACGAGACGUCGAAGCAAGUUUCUGGAAUAGUCGACUUUAGCAGCGCCUUUUGGGGCGAUAUGCUGAUGGCGGAACUAUUUAAGAACCCGAGCACUGCCGUGUUGGAGGGAGCAGGAAUGCCCUUGACCAGGACGAAGAUGGAGGAUAUCCGAUUAUUGAUGUACGCAUGCUAUCGGUUGGUUUCUCAAAUUACUGUACAAUACUAUCGAACUCGAGAUGAAACGAAAGAAUUUGAUGCACGACGACGACUGACCGCGACAAUCGCACACAUGAUCGCGUUGGAGGCGAUAUAA